AUGUGUUUUGCUUUCAGACUUUAUAUAUCGGUGAAUGAGCCAGAUCUGGCUAUAACAAUGUAUAAAAAACUGAAAAUGUAUGAUCAGAUGAUACGAUUAGUCAAGCAACACCAUCCAGAUUUGCUGGCUGAAACUCAUAUUCAUUUGGCAAAGGAAUUGGAGGCAGAAGGAAGUUUCCGUCAAGCAGAGCAACAUUACUUGUCCUCUGGUGACUGGAAAGCUGCAGUGAAUAUGUAUAGAACUGUUGACAUGUGGGAAGAAGCUUACAGGGUAGCCAAAGCUCAUGGUGGAGCAAUUGCUGCUAAACAAGUAGCCUACUUGUGGGCAAAGAGUUUAGGUGGAGACUCUGCAGUGAAACUGUUAACCAAGUUUGGGUUACUUGAUAGUGCUAUUGACUAUGCUGCAGAAAAUUGUGCUUUUGAGUUUGCAUUUGACUUGGCAAGAACAUCCAUGAAGCACAAACUACCAGAAAUUCAUUUGAAGUAUGCUAUGUUUCUUGAAGAUGAGGGCAAGUUCAGAGAGGCUGAAGUAGAAUUCAUAAAAGCUGGAAAGCCAAAAGAAGCUGUACUUAUGUAUGUACAUAAUCAAGAUUGGGAGAGUGCUCAGAGAGUUGCAGAAAAUCAUGACAAGGACUCAGUGGGAGAUGUACUGGUUGGACAAGCUCGUUUUGCAUUUGAAGCUGGUGAUCAUCAGAGAGCAGAAUCACUUCUUCUUCGUGCUCAGCGAGCUGAGCUUGCUGUGAAGUUCUAUAAGGAUGCUGGAAUGUGGAGUGAGGCUCUGAGAGUGUGUAAAGAUUACAUUCCAAGUCGACUGUCUCAGCUUCAGGAUGAAUAUGAACAUGAAAUGUCUUCAAGAGGAUCAAGAGAUUCAGAUUCCUUACUGUCCCAAGCUCAGGAAUGGGAAACUAGUGGGGAGUAUCAGAAAGCUGUGGAGUGUUACAUCAGGCUGUCAGUGGAACACACUAACAACAUGGAAUUACUUGAGAAAUCUUGGACAAAGGCUGCUGACUUGGCUCUGAAAUUCUUAGAUAGUCUCCGAGCCGAAGAAGUUAUACGUCGAGUAGCUCCUCAGCUUAUUGAAAUAAAAAAGUAUAUUGCAGCAGCUCAGCUCUACCUCAGUAUUGACCAAGUGAAGGAAGCUAUUGAUGCCUUUAUUGCUGCAGAAGAAUGGACAAAGGCCAAGAAAGUAGCUAAAGAGUUAGAACCAAGACUUGAAGAAUAUGUGGAUGAUAACUACAAGAACUUUUUAAAAAAGCAAGGAAGGACAGACCAAUUAGCAAGUGUGGAUGUUAUUGCUGGGUUAGACACUUAUGCUGAACAAGGUCAAUGGAAGAAAUGUCUAGACAUGGCUGAACAACAGGGAGUUAAAGUUCUUCACAAGUAUGUUGCAUUAUAUGCUACUCAGCUCAUCAAAGAACAACAAUCUUCGCAAGCACUUCAGCUCUAUGUUCGUUAUGGAACUCCUGCUUUUCCUCAAAACUUUAACAUCUACAAGCGGAUAGUGAGUGAUGUCCUUCAAAUGAAAGGUUUGAACAGUGCAGAUGCUUACAAAACCUGGGCUGACCUAAGAGAUAUGCUUUUUGAUCUGUGUGAAAACCUUGAGAAGGAAGGUUUGCCAGAAGAAGAUUUUGAUGUCUGUUUGCUCAUAGCCCACUACUACACUACCCGAUCAGCUUGUCAGGGUCAAGCAGAACUGGAACAACAAGCAACAAAACUAUCAGUGUCUCUUUUAAGACAUACAGAAAUAAUCCCUGCUGAUAAAGCCUUUUAUGAAGCUGGAUUAGCUGCUAAAGCCAUGGGCUGGGAAAAUAUGGCCUUUGUAUUUUGGAAUCAUUAUCUUGACCUUUGUGAGGCCAUUGAAGAUGGAAAUCAAGAAGGUUUAGAUCAUUCUGAUUUUCAAGAUACUGACAUUCCGUAUGAAAUUCCUCUGCCUGAGAAGAUGCAUUUGUCAGAAUCGGAGCAUGAAGAGGUAAAAGAAUGGGUCUUAGCUGUGUCAAUGGAUCAACGUGUGGAGCAGGUCUUACCUCUUGACGAAAGAAUGGUAUACGAAGCCUCCCUUGUCUCUAGCAAUGGAACACAUUACCCACCCUGUGUUAUUACUGGUUACCCUGUUCUGAGGAAUAAAUUGGAAUUCAAGAAACCAAAUCGUGUAGCUAACAAAGAUGAUUGGAAUAAGUUUUUGAUGGCAGCAAAGAUGUCUCAUAGUGUGGAGUGUCAAGAUGUGUUGAAGUUCAUCACUCAGUGGUGUGGGGGAGCUUCAAACAUGAGUUAUUCUUUCCAGUGAUUCCUACAAGCUUAGUGCAGCCAGUCAACUGAGAUAUCCGUCCAUAUCUAGUCAAGUUACAUGUUUUGCACCAAAAAUACUAUCUAUGAUAUUGUUAGUCACAUUUUACUAGAAAUAUGAAUGUUGAUGUUUGUUCUUGAUAGACGAUUAAACUUAUCAGAAAGAUGGUUGUAUGAGCUGUUUUCAAGUGUCACACAGUGAAAAGAAUUAGUUAACUAAAAUACUUUAGAACUAUUUAAAAUUUAUAUAAGUUUUCACCAAUCUUCUCCUUAUCCAUUGUAAUCAUUAGAAAAGAUUUGAAUUAUUCCAGUCUUACUUAUGUUUUCAGCAUGAUUUUUCUUUGUUACUGCAAAGUAAACUUAAAGGUGUAUAAUUCAUGGAUUUAUGCAUAGAGUACAGAAUGUAUGAGUAUGAGAAGUUGAGCUAUUGAAAUAUCAGAAAAGUUUUAAGAAGAAAAUGUACAAUAUUCACAGUAGAUGUUUUAGAAUCAAAAGAGUGCAUGUUUUCACUGUGAUGUAACUGUAUCAUUCUAAAUGAUGUACAAUAAAACCACUAUCUUGGUUAGUUGAUUGCUCAAA